GAGAAUUCUGAUCAGCUCCUCUCUCGAUGGAGAAAUCCACUUCGCUCCUGGCCGAUCGAGGAAAAAAAUUGGAAGAGGAAAACGCAAACGAUAACAAUCGAUUCUUCGCUCCUGACGGAGAAAUCCACGUCGCUUCUGGUCUUUUUUCGAGAAACUAAUUAUAACCUCAAUUGAUUGAAAGAUUUUGUCUACAACUCCAACAUAAAUUGAAUCGCUAUGUGCUAUUUAAGUUAGUGUCGUGCAAAGAUGCUUACUACCGUACUUUUGAUAUCAAAUUCUACAGAAAAUGAGUCAUAAGAAAGCUAUUGUGCUGCAAUUAUGAUUACUAUUUUUUUUAAUGAGUGAAUUUCAUUUUGUUUUUACUCCCUAUAUUAUAAUUUGCAUAUAUCAGUGCCACACUUUUGUUCAUUUUCUCUGAUUAAUGUCCUUUUUGGUAGAAUCCUUUGUAUAGUAAAUGAGUUUGUCUUCUCAGCGAUGGGAAGCUUGAAGUGUGUGUUCCUUCCUAUGUCAUUACUUAAAAGUUCUUGAAGGUUUUGAUGGAGAUAAAGUUCCGGUGUUUGCGAUUGAGGGUGAGGGUGACACGGACUGUACAAGGGUCAUAGUUUUCAAUGAUCAAGCUGAGAAGAUUAUUGGCUAAUCUACCAUGAAAAUGAGUCUGUACGAUAUCACAAAGAAAUUGGAGGGUUUAUUAUUUGCCAUUGGCAUCUUUGUCCGCUAAGCAAGUAGUCAUUGGCAUAUCCGGUCGUUCAGUUAGCAAGUAGAAGGCAUAUAUUACAGAUAGUUGAGAGUGUUGGCCUUCUUACAAAAUCAAAGGCUCUUAUCUUAGAACUCCCAUUGGAACUUACUCCCUCUCAGGGUUCUUCUCAUACAAAUUAAAGAAGGAUAGUGUCUUGGCCUCAACCAUCAAUAGAUCUUCAGUGUGUUUUCUCCUCUCACAAUUUUCAGCUUUUCUUUUGGCUUCAACUUUAAAAUGGAAAAGGUCUGCAGUUUGCGGACCACUACUGUAGACAUUUGCAGGAGAAGUGGUGGACCGAAGGAAGACCUUUUUGAGUGAAAUGUCUUCUAAAAACAAACAAUCUGCAGAGCUCAACAUCUGCUCGCGUCUGCGCGGCGCAGACAAAAGAGGCCAAAAGCUCUUCUGGCCAAAAAACAAACACCCCCUAA